AUGGCUCUAUUUAUAGGCAAUAUAUCUGACCCGAACAGGUUUGUUGAGGGAAGCACUGCAUAUCAACCUUGGAUAUGGACUGCAGGAAAUCAUGAGAUUGAUUUCGCCCCUGAACUCGGCAAAACAAAACCAUUUAAGCCUUUUACUCAUCGUUAUCGUGUCCCUUAUAAAGCGUCAAAUAGUGUUGCUCCCUUUUGGUACUCAAUCAAGAGAGCUUCGGCAUACAUCAUAGUCUUGUCUUCUUAUUCAGCAUAUGGCAAAUACACUCCUCAAUACCAAUGGCUUCUGGCAGAGCUACCAAAAGUAAACAGGAGUGAGACACCAUGGUUGAUUGUUCUUAUGCAUGUUCCGUGGUACAAUAGCUACAACGAUCAUUACAUGGAAGGAGAAACCAUGAGAGUGAUGUUUGAGCCAUGGUUUGUACAGCGCAAAGUUGAUGUUGUGUUUGCUGGCCAUCUUCACACCUAUAAGCGUUCA